CUGUUAUUGAAGAGGGAACAAUAACCGUUUGCCAAAGCGUCUUUACUCCGCAAAAACAACCUUUUUGGUGUGCGUCAAAAAGUCUAUUCAUUCGUUUCAGCAUUUCCCCUACCUCGUUGUGCGGUGUUUCCUUUGGCCUUGCCCUUUCCUUCUCAUAUCAGGGAAGGUUCAAGAAUAUGGAAAUGGAGGCCGUAACGUCCAGUGUGCCCAGGGAGGGCGACAAAGACGGAUCCACUAAACGCAACGUUCUCAAAGAAAUGAUACAGACGCUUACACAGCGACUAUCCAAGCGGACUGCCAAGGAACCGAGUCCGCCAACUCGACGGCGACGAACAAUGGGAGAUGCGGAGGUGGGAGCGGUGCAUCGCAAAUCCAUUAAGGAAAAGCUGCGACGGCUCUCAAGCCAUAAAUCCAUUCGAAGGGGCUCGGUCUCAGAGGCACCCGUUGAACCCAAGGUCGAGGACUCGACCCCUCGCAAGGGAUCGCUUCAUGACACGUUACGCCCAUCACGGAGGGGGUCGAGUGCGUCUAGUAUGGGCUUGGGCUGCGUGGACGCGGUUCCCAUCAUCGACGAGGCUGGGCCAUCCAAUUGGGGGUCGUCGCUUACCAUAAAGGCAGAUCACGCAGCACCCAGCGGCGACGUUCCACGAGAUGGAGGGGAUUGUCAUGUCGACCAAGGAGCGGCUACCAGAAAGCAAGUUUGGACGAGUUCCAUGGAUCCAUUGAUUGAGCCCUCAAGUGGGUCGUGUGGUCCGGACACGCUGGAGGCAACAGGGAAGAACACAACGGCGUGUGCUGCACCUGGUGUAGAUGGUCAACCUAACAAGCUCACUACGUCAACCCGAACAAUGGAGCCCGAACCCGAGACCCACGAAAUCGUUAUUGGAGGCGAACGGCGCAACGCAACGAUUGACGAAUUGACCACACUUGUAGCAUUUGGUGUAGUGUUACCUACCAUGACGGACUAUCGGCGCAUAGUCAGUGCUCAACCCGCUCCAUCGAACGUGCAAGGUCGACGGCGGUCGGACUCGCUAGGUCGCCAGACUUUAUCCGAUCGACAAAGAACUGGCGAAAUCUCGUUGCCAGAUAUUCCUACAACGACACCAACAUCCACCGCACCCGCUCGCACUCGUCGCAAUUCGCUCCCUACACCAGGGUCUUUCUCCGCUCUAGCUCCUAACACACGCGGGAUCCUCAAACCAACCACUCGAUCUGAAAAGGAGAGCCCAUCCAAUCGCGUGACAUUCAACCCUUCCUCGAAACCCACUGCACCCCCCGCUACGACCAGACCCCGCCGCAACAGCGAUGGAAACAUCACGAUAGCCAACGAAAACAUUUCCCGCGAGCUACCAGAAUUUGAACGACUGCUCAAGCUAAGAAUGACGCCGGCGAUAUUCUUGAAAGGAGAGUACAUUAUUCGGAAAAGGGAGGUGGGGAGGGAAAUGUACUUUUUGUCUAAAGGGAGGGUAGACGUUGUUUCGAGUGAUGGAAAAAGACAGUAUAGCAGUAUUGGACAGGGAUCCUUUUUUGGCGAACUAGGCGUCUUCUUCGAUAUACCCCGCACAGCCUCUGUCCGCGCCGUUGAAAACUGCUUUUGCAUGGUCCUCUCCCGAACGGACCUCGAGCAAGUGUUGCAAGGAUUUCCGUCCAUCAAGGAACAAUUCCACAAAGUAGUUGCACAGCGCAUGGCGGACGUCAAAGCAAGGAGGGAGUGUGCGUUAGUGGUGCAGUCGAGGUUGAAUGCUGCAUUCAGUACAAUUGAGGAGGAAGAUGAGUAGAGGUUGUGUGCAAGUGGGAGGGCGGAACGGGUCGUGAAGCAGCUGUUUUCUCCUUUUGUUUAGGUAUAUUUACGUUUUGUUUUCCAUUUGUUUUUUACCUUAGAGAUGCUUGUGGGGGCUCCUGCUAGUUCAGGUCUUAGUUGUAGUGUCUGUGCAAUGUUCAUAGGAUUCGGCAGGUAUUUAAAGGCCCAUCCUCCAUAUCUACUUGCUAGUAACUAGUGUAGCAUUACUUGCACAUUUAUUAUUUCUUAAAAAAUCAAAAAACAACGAAUAAUCAAGAA